AUGUCCAACCCAAAGGUGAGUGUCGAGCAAUGCGGGCGGGCGCUUCAUGCCAGUCAUUGACAAGUGUCUUCUCCUCCUUCCUCUUCUCCUCUCACUGCGUCAUCUCAGUCAUCAUGGAUGAGGGACAUUUACGUCGGAGGUCUCAUGUCUGGAACCAAGCCGCUGACGACGGAUUACGAAAAGCUGAGGGAGCAGGCCAAGGAAAAGUUGGACCCGCGAGCUUAUGCUUAUGUGGCCGGGAGCGCCGGGUACGAAAAGACGGAAAAGUCCAAUAGGCGAGCGUUGGAUUCGUAUCAGAUCGGUGCGUCGUCGUUGUCCCUUCACGUCGAUGGCUCUCUACCAGCCCCUCGCUCACGUCCCAACAUUCUCCCCCUUGAUGUGCACGACCAUCUGCGCUCGCUACAGUACCUCGUAUGCUUGCUGGCGUCGAUAUCAACGAGUUCUCGUCUCAAGUCACUCUCUUCGGUAAGAAGUUCCCAACACCCCUCGUCAUCUCACCCAUUGGCGUGCAGGGGCAGCUGCAUGCCGAUAGCGACGUGGCGACCGCUUCGGCGUCCAAGGAGCUUGGAGUCCCUUUUACACUGAGCAGCGCUACCAGCACUCCCAUCGAAAAGGUCAGCGAAGGGGCAGACUAUGGCGGGGAGAGUGAGGAAGGGCAAGAAGCAUGGUUCCAGCUGUACUGGUGAGCCUGCAACGUGGUGAGAUGGUCGCAGCGCGACUAUGCAGACCUGACCAUGCGAUGACUUUGCUGCCCCGCAACGAAUGCGUGCCAGGCCCAACGACGACGACGUCACGAGGAGUCUGCUGACACGUGCUAAAAAGGCGGGAUACAAGGUCCUAGUGGUCACGCUUGACACUUGGUCUUUGGGAUGGAGGCCAAGAGAUCUCGACGAGGCCUACAAUCCAUUCUUGAAAGGCGAAGGUGUGGCCAAUUGCUUCUCGGAUCCAGUCUUUGUCGAGAAGGUCAGUCGGAUGGGUGAUAUUUGAGCGGCUGCUUGACGUACCGCUGACCGUCUGUUACGCUUACCUCGCUGCGUCUCCAAGUUCUGCGAGGGCAAGGUGCGUUGAUCAUUUCCUGGGUACCCAACUAGAGUCCUCAUGCGACUGACUACAUGCCCACUGCGAAUUCCCGGUAAAGUCGCCUUUGCGCAAAGAUCGGACAGAAGAUGAUGUGACGCAGGCAUCGAUUGCAGCCAUUGGUCUCCUGACGCCCGGCAUCAGCCGCAGCUGGUCGGACUUGGCCUUGCUUCGCGAAAUCUGGGGUGACCAUCCGAUCGUCUUGAAAGGCAUCCAGAGCGUUGGAGAUGCAGAGCGUGCCGUCGAAGCGGGCAUGGAUGGGGUCUGGGUAUCCAACCACGGAGGUAAGCCGAGCAACGUCUAGGAAAGACUGCUCAAGAAACUGAUCGUCUGUCCCUCGGCUCGUGCGCCCUCCAGGUAGACAAGUGGACGGAGCCAUCGGAUCAUUGCAAGCGUUAAGACCGAUCGCGCAGUAUCUCCGCAGACAUGCAAAGACGGUCAUCUUCGAUUCUGGGGUCCGCAACGGCUCCGACGUGAUCAAAGCACUAGGUGAGUCGCCAGACCCGAUCGGCACGCAUCGACGCGCGUCGCAUGAAAUCAAAUCACGGUGCGGACUACUGACCCCCCAGCUGUGAUGAAUCUCUGGUUCAAACACCGACCACCUACACCGCCACUCUCUUCCCCUUUUCUCACGUUCGAAUUUCUUCCUUUGCGUCUGCAAGCGCUCGGCGCUCAUGCGGUAGGGAUCGGUCGGCCGUACGCUUGGGGUCUGGCAGUCAAUGGGCAAGAAGGCGUUUCUAACGUCCUUAAAUCCAUCCUGGCAGACUUUGAACUCACAGCUGCUCUUGCCGGUCAUCGCUCCAUCGAUGACAUUACGGAGCAGUCGGUCAUCAAGGCAGGCGAAGAGUCGCGGUUGUAG